CAGGCUCCUCCUCUCCGGGGGAAGGUCUCUGUCUGACUGAGUCCAGCAGUAAAACUUUUCUCCGUUCACCUCCAGCUGCUUCACUUCUAGUCGUUCUGCGCCACCAUGUCCGGAGUCGCCUCCACUCUGGCCAAACAGCGGGCCUUGGCCGCGGGGUUCGGGAGCAACUCCAACGCGGUUCCGUACCUGAAUCAGAACUUUGAGGCCCUGCGCGCUCAGUGCCGCUCCUCCGGGCAGCUGUUCUGCGACCCCACCUUCCCGGCCGAACCAGAAUCUCUUGGCUUUAAGGAAUUGGGUCGAAACUCAUUCAAGACCCGCGGAGUCAUUUGGAAGAGACCGACGGAGCUGGUCUCAAACCCGGAGUUCAUCAUGGGUGGCGCCACCAGGACUGACAUCUGUCAGGGAGCUCUGGGUGACUGCUGGCUAUUAGCAGCCAUUGCCUCGCUGACGAUGAACGAGUAUGUGAUGGCACGAGUCGUUCCAUCAGACCAAGGAUUUGGAGAUGAUUAUGCAGGAAUCUUCCACUUUCAGUUCUGGCAAUUUGGUGAGUGGGUGGACGUGGUGAUUGACGAUCGGCUGCCAGUUAAAGACGGAGAGCUGAUGUUCGUGCACUCGGCAGAAGGCCGGGAGUUCUGGAGCGCCUUGCUGGAGAAAGCUUACGCUAAGAUGAAUGGCUGCUAUGAAGCACUGUCUGGUGGUUCCACCACUGAGGGCUUCGAGGAUUUCACUGGGGGCAUUGCAGAGAACUAUGACCUCAACCAGCCACCGCCUAACCUGUUCCAGAUUAUCAAGAAGGCGCUUGAGGCUGGAGCUCUGCUGGGCUGCUCCAUCGACAUCACCAGUGCUGCAGACUCCGAGGCUGUUACUCGUCAGAAGCUGGUGAAAGGCCACGCCUACUCACUGACGGGUGCUGUGGAGGUGAACUACCGUGGGCAUCAGGAGAAGCUAGUGAGAAUGAGGAAUCCCUGGGGUCAGGUAGAGUGGACCGGACCCUGGAGCGAUGGGUCCUCUGAGUGGAACUACGUUCAGGGCGACUGUCCUCACGCCAAUGCAGAGGAUGGGGAGUUCUGGAUGGCGUUCACUGACUUCCUGCGGCACUACUCCCGCAUAGAGGUGUGCACUCUGACCCCCGACACUAUUGGAGACGACUCUGUCAAACACUGGAGUGUUAGCAAGUUUGACGGCAACUGGAGGAGAGGUUCCACAGCCGGAGGCUGCAGGAAUCAUCCUUACACGUUCUGGAUGAACCCUCAGUUUGUGAUCAAGCUGGACGAGGAAGAUGAUGAUCCUGAUGAUAAUGAGGUGGGCUGCAGCUUUGUGGUAGGUCUGAUCCAGAAGAACCGCAGGAAGCUGCGGAAACACGGCGAAGACAUGCACACUAUUGGCUUUGCCAUCUAUGAGGUUCCACCGCAGUUCCGCGGACAGACGCAGGUCCACCUGGAUAAAAACUUCUUCUUGACCCACGCUCAGACGGCCAGGUCAGAGACCUUCAUCAACCUGCGGGAGGUGACCUCCCGCUUCAAGCUGCCGCCUGGAGAAUACCUGAUCGUCCCAUCCACCUUUGAGCCACAUCAAAAUGGAGAUUUCUGCAUCCGAGUUUUCUCCGAGAAGCAGACAGAGACAGUGCCGUGUGACGACCCGGUCAGUGCAGAGCUCACGGACGAGACGGUGUCGGACGAGGAAGUAGAUGCAGGGUUCAGAAACUUGUUCUCCAAACUUGCAGGAGAUGACAAGGAGAUCUCUGCAUGCGAACUGAGGACCAUCAUGAACAAGAUUGUCGGCAAACGAACUGACAUCAAAACGGAUGGAUUCAGCCUUGAGACCUGCAGGAUCAUGGUCAACCUGAUGGAUGACAGCGGGAACGGAAAGCUGGGCCUUGGAGAAUUCGCCACUCUGUGGAAGAAGGUGCAGAGAUACCUGUCAAUCUAUAAGCAGAACGACACAGAUAACUCUGGAACGAUGAGCACUCCGGAGAUGAGGGUGGCCUUUAAAAAUGCAGGUUUCACCCUCAACAACACCAUUUACCAGCUGCUGGUGGCCAGAUACUCUGAAACAGACAUGACCAUCGACUUUGAUAACUUUGUGGGGUGCCUGAUGAGGCUGGAGAUGAUGUUCAAGAUCUUCAAGAAACUGGACAGCGAAGACAGCGGCUCCAUUGAGCUCGACUUUAAUCAGUGGUUAAACUUCGCCAUGAUCUGAACCAGAACCUUUCUGGGUCGGUCCAUCGCACCGUUUACAGCUUCAGCUUCUCUUUCUGAUACAGUUUCUGACAUUUUUAUCAGUAUUUUAUCUUCUACACCAACUGUCUCAUAAAGCCAAUAAAUGUACCUACAACACA